AUGGCAUCCUCAUUUUUAAUUAAACGAUGUUUAAGCAAGGAGGAGAAAAUUCUCAAGCUUUGGGAUAAAGCGACGGAAGAAGAGCCUGCCCCCAAGGCUCCAGAUAAAGUCUUUUUAUUGCCGCCACCAAACAUCACGGGAAGCCUGCAUAUUGGGCAUGCACUAACUGCAUUUAUUCAAGAUGCAAUUACUCGAGCAUGGAAAAUGAACGGGAAAACGGUCCUCUGGAUUCCUGGCCUUGAUCAUGCCGGAAUAUCAACCCAAGUUAUCCUGGAGAAAAGGCUAUUUUACGAACUUAAUAAAAAACGCUGGCAAGUUCCCCGAGCCGAAUGGGAUUCGUUUGCUAAAAGGUGGGUAGAAUCAACUGCCCAUUACAUCACGACCCAGUUGAAAAGACUGGGCGUAUCGCUUGAUUGGAAAAUGAAAUAUUAUACGCUUGAUACGUUCAGAUCUGAAUUUGUUUCCGAGAGCUUUAUAAAACUAUACAAUCACGGUCUCAUAUAUCGCUCGUCAAAGCUGGUUAAUUGGUGCCCGGAGCUCAGAUCGACAAUUUCUGACAUUGAGAUCGAUACCAUUCAGGUUCAACCUUUUGGUGUUAUUUCUCUGCCUGAUAAUCGACAGAUAAAGGCCGGCAUAAUGUAUAAGAUCAAAUUUCCCUUUUAUGAAUCUUGCCAUGAAGGAGUUAUCAUUGGGACAAGUCGUCCAGAGACUUUAUUUGGCGAUAUUGCAGUGGCAAUUGGAUCUGGUUAUCAUAUAGGAGAGGCGGGCUCUCUUCAAAGGCCAAAAUCUAUUUUUCAUCCAAUUUUACGAAAAGAAAUUCCUUUGAUUCUAGAUGAUGAAAUGAUCACCCCAGGUAUGGGAACAGGGGCUGUGAAGAUCACACCAGGACAUGAUAAGGCCGACUAUGCGUUUGCACAAAAACACUUUGGAGUCGAAUCUUUACCCCUGUUCAUUGACAUCUUUGAUGACUCUGGCAUUAUAAAGAGCGGCAUAGUAAAUGGGACUGCGUUUUGUCAUUUUUCUGGCCUUGAUAGAUGGCAACUCAGAGAAGCGGUACUUUCAUAUUUGAGAAGCGAAGAUCUUUUAGUUGGGGAAGACGGAAUUAUACAAAAUAUCCCAAUUUGCAGAAAGACUGGUGAUACAAAGCCACUUGCAGCUGUUGUUUUGGAUGCAAUCAAGGGGGAAAAGAACACGUUUAAGAUUUUCCCUUCGUCAUCUUUUGCGAUUCUUACCAACUGGCUAAACAACAUUGAGGAUUGGUGCAUCUCUCGCCAACUGUGGUGGGGACACAAAAUUCCUCUGUUCUACCCCACUGAUGGGGGAGUCCCUCCAAUUGCUGCUAAAAGUCUUGAAGAGGCAAAAAAGAUUCAUCCAGGAGAACUAAUAGAGGAGUCCGAUGUUUUGGAUACUUGGUUUUCUUCUUGUCUUCUUCCUCUGAGCGCUUCAAGUGGCUAUUAUCCUAUCAGUCUUCUUGAGACAGGAGCAGAUAUACUAUUUUUUUGGGUUGCUCGAAUGAUGCUCCUUUGUACCUUUUUGAGUGGGAAGCUUCCUUUUAAUGCAGUUUUGCUACAUGGCAUGGUGAGAGACUCUUUUGGCAAAAAAAUGUCCAAAACUCUUGGAAAUACCGUCGAUCCGAUGACCAUAAUCAAUGGAGACUCAGAUCGAAUCGAUAGCUAUUCCAUAAGACCCAUCUCUUCAUCCAAUCCAACGGGAAGCAAUUCGACAGAUAUUGAUCCGAUUUCCUGGGGAUCGGAUUCUCUUAGAAUGGCAUUGUUGAGCUGCAAUUUUAUGUCUACUGAUAUUGUGUUCUCCAAAAAAUACCUCAAUGCUGCUAGAGCGCUUGAAGUUAAAGUUGUCAAUUCACUCAAAUGGAUACUAACUCAAAAAGAGAAGCAGCUAACCUUGGACAUUUCUGCUGAUAAGAUGAACUUGGUAGAAGAAUUUGUUUAUUUUCGCCUUGGGGCGGCAAUGGAAGUCAGCAAUCAUGCUCUGGCCAAUUCAUUUAACCUGGAAAAGGGACUUUCAGCGCUAACGGGGUUUUUUAUGGACACAUUUUGUGGGGCUUUUAUAGAAAUUGCAAAAGGUCGCCUUUACGAUGGAAAUUUGUUCCAUAUUUUGAACAUCUUCGCUAUUUUUCUCAAGUCCUUUCAUCCAUAUUGCCCGCUAUUAACUGAGGCAUGUAUUCAGUGUUAUGGAAGUACUCCAAUGUUGGAGAUUUUCAAAGCCGAUGCAUUAUCAAAGACGACUAUUCUCGAAACUGAGAUACAGCUUCUCAAAAAACCCGCACCAAUGGUGGAUGAGGAAUUUUCCAGCCUGCUAAAUCUUGUUUCUGCAAUUAGGAUCACAAUCGGAAAUUUGAGUCCCCUAAAAGCAUCCAAAAUAUGGAUUCUUUCGACCGAAAGUCUUGACCUUGGAAUCAUUAGGUCGAUGCUUAAUAUGGGUGACAUUUUUGUGCAAAGCCAUAUUGAUAAUGAGAAAUUAUUAGCAAGGUGUUUUUCGCAAUGUGUCCUUUUAUCGAAGAAAUGUUCCCCAUAUGCAACGAUUGAAUUUUACAUAGAAACUAUGCAAACCGGAAAGCAUAAGCCAGAUUUUAAGGCAAUUCUUAAAAAGCAGGAAAAUGAACUGUCUCGUUGUGCUAAGCAGCUGGAAUCGUUUAAUGGCAAGCAAACAGGGACAUCUGAUUUGACUCUCCUUAGGGAAAAAUUCGACUUUUUAGUGAGGGAGCUGGAAGAGAAGAUUAAACGAACAAAAAGAAACAUGGAUUUAUUAUGA